AUGAGGUUCUCCUUCGCCGCUCUUGCCGCCUCCGUGGGGCUGACGCUCUCCAAUGGAGCCGUCGAAGCUCUCAACGUCAAGUUCCCCGGCGUCAACUACAUCCCGCGCAAGGGCCAAGACUGGGAACCGGACAGCGCCAAGUGUAAGUCGACGGCCGAGAUGCAGAAGGACCUGAACGCGCUCAGCGCCGUCGCCGACAAGGUCCGCAUCUACUCGCUGAUCGACUGCAACCAGGCCGAGACCAUCCUUCCAGCGGCCAAGAAGGCCGGACUUAAGGUCGACCUCGGCAUCUGGACGACGUUUAAUCACUCGACGCUGGAGAAGGAGAAGACCAAGCUGGCCAGCCUCAUCGACGCGGGCCUGUACGACGACAACGUCAUCGGCUUCGACGUGGCCAUCUACAUGUACGAGAAGUUCGAAGUUGAUACGGCCAUCAGCUACGUGAAGGAGAUCCGCGACUACCUCCGCAGCCGCGGGAAGAACACUCCCGUCACCCUUGCCGACACCUACGACGUGUACACUGAGAAGGUCGUGGACGCUGUGGACUACGUGGCCGUGAACUACCAGUCUUUCAUGUAUGGCGACGACGUGAACGAGAGCGUUGCCAACACGUUGAAGGACCUGAAGGACCUGCGUGUGCUGGCCGCCAGCAAGGGCAAGAAGUUCGUGAUAUCGGAGACAGGCUGGAGCUCCGGUGGCUUCCACCAGGGCGUUGGCGUGGCUACCCCCGCCACCCAGGCCAAGUACUUCUCGGACUUGUACCAAGUGUCUCGCUCGCACAACUUCGACUUCUACUGGUACUUUGCCUUCGACACGACCUUCCGCACGGAGAUCGAGAACGACUUCGGUGUGUUCUACAACAACGGCACGCUCAAGCGCAACUUGCAGCACCUGACGAUUCACACGAGAGACCCACGCGCCCUUCGCAAUGUCGGCUCGAAGCUGCUGCUGUCUGAGAAGGACACCAACCUGACCAUGACGGGCAAGUCGAGCGACUGGGUCGUGCAGGAGCAGCAGGUCUGGUUCUUCGACGCGGCCACCAAGCAGAUCCGCUCCAAGAGCAGCGACCGCUGUCUGGACGCGUACGAGGGAUGGAACAGUGGCAAGGUUCACGUCUACCGCUGCAUGGACAACGAGCUCAACCACGCGAAGCACCAGGGCUUCUGCCUCGACUCGGACCCGGCCCAGAACAACAAGGUGCAGCUCUACGGAUGCUCGCCGAACAACCCCAACCAGGAGUGGAGCGUCAUCAAGCCUGCCAACAUUUGA